UCUCUCUGCUCUCUUCCUUAUCCACUUUGCUUAUUCUCUCUAACCCCAAACCUCAACCAGUUCACAAUCUCUCUCUCUCUCUCUCUCUCAGUGAUUUCAGAGGCUUUGAAGACUAUGUCGAUGUCCCAUUCCGAUACGACGUCGUCUUAUGGCACCGACUGCAAUAAUUUCAGACAAAGCAGCUGCGACCAUGUUGUUUAUAUUGCUGCGAUGGGGAAUCAGUGGAUCACCUUCUUCUUCACUGUAAGUUCUCUCAUGCCUUAUGGUGUGAAGUUUUUGCAGUGUUUGGGAUUCAAUGGAUAAUGCCAAGGUCAGUGAACUCUUUUUUCUUUAUUUGGAGACACUGGUUUGGAAAGCAUCGUUCAAACAUUUGGAAUAUGGUCCCGGCUUGUUUAAUGUGGUUAGUCUAGCAAAAAUGUAAUGCCCACAUUUUUGAAGAUAAGGCGAGAACUUUGGAACAUCUAAAAUGUUUAAUUUUUCGUACUCUGUUUCUUUGGGCUCGUGUUUGGGGGUGGACAAACUGCACUGCUGUAUCUGAUUUUUUAGUUUCUAUUUCCUGGAGCUCUUGAUCUUCUUGUAUUUGUUUCAUUGUUCAAAGUGUUCACCAUCGUGAACAUAAUGUUCAAUUUUUUUCAAUAAAAGUUUUAUUACCUAUCCAAAAAAAGAAAAAAAAAAGAAAUGCUUCGGUAGUCCAAACAGGGGAUUCAAAAUCAACUUGGAAGGUAUAUGCAGCUUGUAGCAGUUUUCUGUACUUCAAAAAUUUUUCAUUAAGCUAUACUUUUAAUUUAACUUCAUUCCAUCAUUUAGAGAAUUCCCAUCCUAAACACCCUUCUCUUUUCUUUUUCUUUUCUUUUUUAUUUUUUAAUUAACCUUUCCAAUACAUAUAUUUAUUUAGUCUAAAACUUCUAGGUCAAGGCCUAAGUUCAUCAACAUCUUUUGGCAACUAGUGUUUCUUUUAAAUAAAGCCAAUAUAGGCUUCAAUGAUAGCCCUUUUUCUUUUCUUAAAGGGCUAGCCAUAUAGUGUAGAAAUGUGAGUGAUAUGGUCUCUAUUGUUGAAGCCUAAAUUGGCUAUAUUUAAGAGAAAAAACUAGUUUCCAAAAGAUAUUGAUGAACUUAGUCCUUGACCUAGAAGCAAACGUUUUAGAUUAAAUAAAUACAUGUAUUGGAAAGUUUUUUAUUUUUAAAGAAGAGAGAGAUGUUCAAGAUGGGAAUUUUCUAAGUGAUUGGAAUGAAGUUAACGUUUGCUUGAACUUUUUUUUUCUUAGUUACAAACCCAACUUUAAAAGAAGUAACUUAAAGAUAUAAUUGAUUUUCUUUAAGAAGUACAAUUAUUUCUUUAUCAUCUUUGCUACCAUUCAUUUGUUUUUAGACAUAUAAUUGGUUUGUUAAUGUGAUAUUUAGUUGUAUAGGAAAGACAUUUGGGUUGGUAUUUUAAAGAGUUAUAUAUACUUGAUUCCACUGAGAUUUAAUUGUCUUUGCUUUUGAUUUAUAUUAAAGGGUAAUAAAGGAUAUGAUCCCAAAGUGGGUACUGUUUAUUUUUUAAACCACAUAUUGACAAAUUAAAACUCAAUGCAAACCAUAGGUAAUUAAAGGACUUACAAGUGUGGUAGACUGAAUGUUAAUGUCACACAUUAGAAAGCUAGCAUGGCUCGAAAUAUUUUAUAAUUGGUAAUACACUGAUCAGUUUUGAAUCUCUUGAUGGGCUUUUUUUUUUUUUUUAAAGGAUUACUAAAAUAAUAAAAUAAUUUAUGGUUGCAGAUCUUAUAGUUCAGCAACAGUGUGAAUCAGCUUGUGUGUUGGAUUUUGAGGCUAUAAACUACUCUUGUAAAAGUCAAUUCAUUUUUCCUUUUCACUGGUCCACUUGAGUUUUCUUGGCUAUAUUUUCUAUUCCAAUUUUUUAGAUUAUGAUUGCAUUGAGGAGAACACUCUACCUAUGGUUGUGUUACUUAAAUCCUUCAAACUUUUCUGCACAACUAAACUCAGAAUGUUACGAAUCCUUGACCCUUUUACCUUGUUGAGUAGAUCUUGUCACUUUGAAUCAAAAUCGGGCUUCAAUUCUUGGAACCCAUCAUCGCCUUUGAGACCAAAAAUUAUGAAAAACAAUGUUGCAAUUUUCUGGGAUUUGGACAAUAAACCACCAAACUCAUUCCCGCCAUACAACACUGCCGUCAAGCUAAAGGAAGCAAUGGCAUCUUUUGGGGUUGUUAGAUACAUGGUGGCAUAUGCAAAUCAUCAUGCAUUUACCGUUGUUCCACAGGUUGUUAGGGAGCAAAGAAAAGAGAGGAAAAUAUUGAAUCAGUUGGAGAAUAGGGGUGUGAUUAAGACAGUUGAGCCGUAUCUUUGUCGGGUUUGUGGGAGGAAUUUUUAUUCAAAUGAGAAGUUUGUAAAUCAUUUCAAGCAAAUUCAUGAGCGUGAGCAGAUAAAAAGGUUGAAUCAGAUAGAGUCAGCAAGGGGGAAGAUGAGGGUGAAGUUAGUGGCUAAGUAUUCCAUGAAGAUGGAGAAGUAUAAGAAUGCUGUGAGGGAUAUUUUGACUCCAAAGGUGGGGUAUGGUUUGGCUGAUGAGUUGAAGCGGGCAGGGUUUUGGGUUCGCACUGUGUCAAAUAAGCCACAAGCUGCAGAUGUUGCUUUGAAGAAUCAUAUGGUGGAUAUGAUGGAUAGGAGGAGAGUUGAGCGUAUGGUGCUUGUGUCAGAUGAUUCGGAUUUUGUGGAUGUUUUGAAGGAGGCAAAGUUGCGAUGUUUGAAGACGGUUGUUGUGGGGGAUGUGAAUGAUGGGGCUUUGAAGAGGGUUGCGGAUGCAGGGUUUUCAUGGAGUGAAAUUUUGAUGGGGAAGGCUAAGAAGGAGGCAGAAUCGGUCGUUGGAAAAUGGAAGGACUGUGACAUUUUGAAGAGAUUGGAGUGGGCAUAUAACCCUGAGGUAGAGAAAAAGGUAUAUGAUCUUGAGGAUGAGGUUGUUGAGGAGACCCAAAAUGUGGAUUUUGAAGGAAUUGUUAGGGGGGUAGUUGAUGAUAAUAUACAAGAGGAUAACAAGGCUUGGUGGGAGCUGGAUUCUGAUGGUGUUGUUUCUUCACAAUCAUUGAAAAGAUUGGAGUGGACAUAUAACCCGGAGUCGAAGAAUAAUGUAUGUGGUUUUGAGGAUGAGGUUGCUGAGGAGACUGAGAAUGGGGAUUUUGAAGGUAUUGUUAGUGGGGAAGAUGGCGAUUACAUGCAAAAGGAAGACAGCAUUGCUUGGUCAGAUCUGGGUUCUAAUGUUGAUGCUGUUUCUUCACAAUCUUGCAGAUGACUGCUUGUAGUUUUGUAUCUUAGUGGUAAAGUUAACUUAUCUUCUCUUGCCAAGCAUUUAUGGGAUAAUGUACUAAUAGAUUUGAAGAAUUAGAUUUCCUAUCAAAG